AUGACAACAAGCCACGAGCCCUUUGUGGUCGACGAACAAGUCGAAUGUGAUGUACUGCGCGAGGCACUGCAGUCCGUGCGCGAUCACGGAUCGCUCUUGCAACGAGCUCUGGAGGCUCGGGAUCAAUCUGAUGGGCUCCGACACGCAACGCAGUUGCUGCGCGAACUGCGCACGAGUCUUCUGUCACCCAAACACUACUACCAGCUCUACAUGCAAGUGGUCGAGCAGCUGCGGUACUUUGGAAGCUACGUCGAAGAACAGCAGCGAGCUGGUGCCUCCAUGCGCGAUCUCUACGAGCGCGUCCAGAGCUGUAGCCACGUGCUGCCGAGACUCUACUUGCUCGUGACGGUUGGGGCUGUUUCCAUCAAGUCUCGGGUGACACCAGCGCGUGAUGUGCUGACAGAUUUAGUGGAGAUGACCAAAGGGGUGCAGCAUCCGCUGCGAGGGCUCUUCCUGAGGCACUACCUGUCGCUCAGCGUACGUGACAAGCUACCGGACACGGGCUCUGUGUACGAGCAAACGGGUGGUGGCACCGUCAGCGAUGCCAUCCAGUUCUUGCUGCAGAACCUGCGGGAAACGAACCAGCUCUGGAUUCGUCUGCAGCAUCUCAAUGCUAGGGGUUCUCUACCAAAAGCUGCUCGAGAGAAGGAGCGGAUGGAGCUGCGCUUGUUGGUCGGAACAAGCCUUGUGCAGCUCAGUCAGCUGGAUGGUGUCACAUGCAGCGUCUACACUGAGCAGGUACUCCCUGGCCUCCUGGAUGAUGUUGUGUUUGCAUGCAACGACUCUGUUGCGCAGCAAUACUUGAUGGACUGCAUCAUUCAGGCGUUUCCAGCCGAGUUUCACUUGCACAAUCUUGAGAAGUUGUUGAGUGCACUGGAGAAACUGCAGUCAACUGUCAACGUGGCAUUGAUCUUGACGGCACUUGUUGAGCGUGUUACACCAUUCCGAGAAGCACGGGGAAGUGGUGUGGAUGUGGGAAAGCAAGAGGCAGGAGCGGACGAGUGCAGCAAGAUAGUAGGUGAUCGGUAUGCUGGCUUCCAGGUUUUCCUGCAGAUGAUGGCCACGAUUGUCAAGGUGUUGCGACGCUCAUCGAGAUGUGAUAAAGGGAAUGAAGCUGCUCAUAGCGAAGAAAGCGAUGGGGACGUGAGCGUGCACCUGACCUCCGUGCUGGCCUUUUUCGUGGCGCUGGUUGAUUUUGCUCUCGUCUGGCUUGGCGGCGUUCAGAGUGAAAGCUCAGGUUUGACGACUGCUCUUGAGCAGAUACUCUCCGAAUGUUUGACGUUUCUACGUGAGCAGAAAACGUGGCGCGACGACACGCAAAGACGCCAGGUCGUGCUUGCACCGCUCAAGUCUCUCGCGCUGACGCUCCUCCGGGUGCUUUCUGUUCAUGGUCUCUUGCGAGUCCCGUCACUGGCUGAAGUGUUGGAACUGAUGCCGUGGGAUGGUGCGCGAAAAGACGUGGCUCUAAUAUGGCUUCGUGUGCUUUUCGCUCGGCAAGAGUGCGUCCUUGAUGGGAAGCAAAUGAAACUAGUGCUGACGGUGCUGGCACCGCUGGUGCAUGACGACCCCAGCGAUCCGCGGUCACUACCUUUGGCCAUAUCAACAUCAUCAACAACAAUAACAACAACAACAGCGAGGACGGACAAGGACGCUGAGAUGUUUGACCUGGAGCAGCAGACACUGGCCAAGGUAGUCCACCUCGUCGACAACGAUGACCUUGACGUCAAGUUUCGUGUAUUAUCGAUGGCACGACGUGCGUUUAUGCUGGGCGGUGUUUUUCGGAUCCGUCAUACGAUUGUGCCGCUGGUCUACCGGUCACUGGCACUCGCUCGAGACCUAGCUGCUCACUGGCGACAAAGGACGCAAACACAAGAGCUACUAGUGGAUGCUGGAUCAGAGGCUGCUGCAUCGGAAAAGGACAUGCAGAACUUUGUUACAAGACCUUGGGAAGUGCUCCAGUUUGUGCAUGAGAUGGUGACAGCAUUGGUGCCACAACAGGACACGAUGCCGGUUUCCUGCGUUCACUUGUAUCUGCAGUGUGCACUCGUUGCAGAUGAUUGUGCCUUUGAGGCCGUUGCAUGCGAGUUUGUAACGCAGGCGAUUAUCGUCUACGAAGACCACAUCACGCUUGCCCGCGAACAGUUAUGCGCUCUCGAGUUGAUCGUGGCUUCGCUGCGUGCAACCGCCAAUCUCUCGAGUGUCAGCUACGAGGCUCUCGCUACCAAGGCCACGCACUACUGUGCCCGCUUGCAGCGAAAAAACGAGCAGGCUUUAAUGGUGCUGAAUUGUGCACACCUCUUUUGGCACCCGUGUCAGAAAGAUGGCAAGCGCGUUCGAGAAUGCCUUCAGCAGUCACUACGCAUAGCCAUGUCGAUGAACGAUGCGAGAUCAAAGCAGGUGCCUCUUCUUCUGGACAUUCUAGAGACUUAUCUGAGCUUUUUCGAGGCGCAAACGCCUGAGGUGACUCGCAACUACAUUGUGGAUCUAUCGGCUCUCGUCAAGGACCAUCUGGACAACAUGGAGCAUGGACUGAUACGCAGGGAAGGAGAGCUUCGGUAUCGCGCCAUUGUGCGCUACAUGGAAGCCAUAGACACAUGCAAUGAUACCCUGCCGUCCUCCUCGUCCUCCUCAUGA